CUGGAUCCCAUAAUUCCUCCUCUGCUUUUACCAGUACACACCAGAAUUCCUCCUUUCCUUAGCUUAGCUUAGCUUGUAGCUAGGAUAAUAAUAAUAACAAUAACAAUUAACAAACACUUAAUUAUUUAAUUCUAUCUAUAGGUCCUCGAUCAGUAUUGGAUGAUGGAUACGAUGGAAUCGUCGAGUGAGACCCCCACCCCCACGAAUUCCUCAAUGUCUUCCUCUUCUCCAACCCCGCCGCCCACUCCGCCGCCGGCGGUGGCCAUCGUCAGCCCCUGCGCCGCCUGUAAGAUCCUAAGGCGGAGAUGCGCUGAGAAAUGUGUGCUUGCGCCGUAUUUUCCACCCAAUGAUCCUCUCAAAUUUACUACCGCUCAUCGUGUAUUUGGGGCCAGUAAUAUCAUCAAACUCUUGCAGGAAUUGCCAGAGGCGAAGAGGGCGGAUGCAGUGAGCAGUUUGGUGUACGAAGCAAACGCUCGGGUGAGAGAUCCGGUGUACGGAAGCGCCGGAGCAAUCUGCCAGCUCCAAAACCAAGUGAACGAGCUUCAAGGGCAGCUCGCGAUGGCGCAAGCCGAGCUUCUCAACCUCCAGCUCCGGCAGGCUAAUCUCAUGGCCAUGUUUUAUACGCAGGCCGCGGCAAAAGCCCCUCAUCACCAUCAACAACUCUCAUCAUCCAAUAUGGUUGAUGAUGAUGAUGAAGAUGAUCGUCAUCGCACCAUAAACCCCAUACAUCAUAAUACCAACCAGCUAACCUUCCUUGAAGACAGUAAUAACUCCGUGGGAAUUGAUAUUUUUGGGAUCAAUCUAGCUAGCUUUAUCGAAUCUUGACACCAUCAUAUCGCCUUAGACAUAUAUGCAUGCCCAUCGAUCCAUGUGUACGUACGUAGAAAUAAUAUAUGCAUCUCAACACAUAUUAAAGGUCUAUCAUGCAUGCAUGCAUGAUAUAUAUGAGUCAGUUGCAUCAGUUUAUGCACAUUGUUGUAUAAAUUGCAGUAUACCACUCCGUAUUAUUUUCUCUUUCGAGUUAAGUAGAGUGUAUUAUAUAGUUCUCAAUGUGAGAUCGAGCCCACUUACAUUGAGAUGUUUUUCUUACAUCAACCAGUAAUUUACUAAUUUACAUCACUUAUUUAUUCAAUAAUUCCCAUCUCUAGCUUAUGUAUGUAUGGAUGUUGAUCACUAUUACACUUAGGAAAGAUUCCCG